GCGAAGAAACACUUUUUUCGUGGCGAGGGGUAUAGAUGCCAAGUAGCCACUCCGGCGGUGUGGCACGCGAUUUGGUCAAAGGAUAUGUCCAAGUGUCCUGCCGUGCAGGCCUUGCAGAGUCUCCCUCUAGGUUAUCCCUCUUUUCAAUGGCCACCUCUUCGUUUUCCCGAUGACGUCGUUCCGCCGCCCCCGUCGACCGUUGCCGCCUCGCAAGUGGCGCCAUCUCCAUGUGCACCACUUGCUCCCCUCCCCCCUUGUCCGCUUCGUCAAACGAUUUCCGCAUCCUAUGAUGGCAGACCAUCUGUGGCAACGCAGCCUGAUGCGCAAGGCACCGUGCCAGUUUCAGGUGUCGGGGAACCUGUGCCGUUCGACGAGCAAGGCACUCCUGCUUUCGUCGAGGGCGGUGGGUGGGGGAAGGACGCUGGCACAUCAUCAUACCUCGCCCCGUUGUUCACUGGCAACAGAGACAAGGUCCCAAGAAUUCGACGCACAGACACACGUUCGCCCGUGGCAGGAGCACGCGCAAUAGGACAUCAAUCCGCUGCCUUCGAGUCCAGCCCCACCGCAUCACCUGCGGCCGGGGGCGAGGUGUGGGAUUCGCUAGGUAUGGGCGCCGGUGUACGAGUGAGGGGCACUUACAGGCAGCAGGCGGUGACCUCGUAUUACAACGACCCGCUGAAGCACGCAUGGCACCUGCAGAUCAUGCGAUUCAUUGUCGAGAGCGGCAUGCCGUUCAACUGUGUGAAGCUUGAGAGCUUCAAACGCAUGUUGACGUUGAUCAUCCCGCCUGGGGUUCCAGGAGUCCCCACCCCAAAACCCCCAACGUAUCACAUGAUCCGUACCACACUUUUGGAUGAGCUUGAUGUGGAAGUCCAAAAGUGUGUGAAACCUGUCCUCGCUACUGCAGCUACCUACGGUUGCACGAUAAUGACAGACGGUUGGACCAACAUUCGGGSCCAAAYGUUGUGCAWCUAUCUCGUCGGCACUACACGGGGCGCCACAUACGUCGCGACAGAUGUUAUGCGAGGAAAGAAGGAUGCCACUGCUCUGGCGCAGGUUUGGCUGCGAAGGUUGAAGUCCCUUGACAUMAAGCUCGCCGACAUCACCGCUUUCGUCAMMGACUCUGCCAGUUCGAACGUUUCUGCGAUGGAGGUGUUCCAGAAGGAUGAGAGUGUCAAGCACAUCUUCUGGAUUCCUUGUGUGGCACACGUYAUGGACCUCAUCCUUGAGGACAUCKGCAGCAUUGAYUGGGUGGCGACCCGCGUUGCUCAGGCGCGUUUGGUCACAAAGUUUUUCAAGCGUCAUAGCCACGCUCGCGAAGUUUUGCAAGCUUUCACGACGAAGGCUCUGCUGCUUCCCGCCGAGACUCGCUUCGGUACGCAUGUGAUUAUGAUGCGACGACUUCUUCUGCUGCAAUCGCAUCUUAUGYAGGUGGUCGUUGAUGAUCGAUGGAAGGACACUGUUUGGUCAACGAAGAAGAUUCGAGACGACGCUGCGGAGGUCACAGCAUGUGUCGGUUGUCCUCAAUGGUGGGAGGAUAUGAGAGUGCUGUGCAAAUUGUUGGAUCCCAUCAUGGACAUGYUGCAGAUGGUGGACAGCGACACGAAGCAGAUUGGCAAGAUUCUGCGUCGGUACGACGAGAUGAUCGCGCGUUGUUUGUCUGCAUGUGCCGCUUUGGAGAAGGACGAGCAGGACGCGCUGCUUGAAGUGUUUGACAGACGCCGCAUCAUGUUCAAGUCGCCUGCUCAUGUUGCUGCCAUGAUGUUGGACCCCGAGUUUCGAGACUGCACGAUGCAAGAUGACAAGGAGAUGCAGCACGGUUUGAAACUCGCUCUGAUUCAGUUUGGGUACCCGGAACAUUCGGAUCAGCACACCGAGGUCCUCACUGCCAUUGACAAGUUCCAUUCCAGGGAGCCGCCGUUCGACGAUGUGGCCAUGGACCGGGCGGCGAGGAGCUAUACCCAUCCAGCAUGUUUCUGGGAGUCGAAGGAGAAGAGGUUCCCGCACACGGCCUUCUUCGCUGGCAGGAUACUGCGUGUGUGGGCGACUGCGUCGCCUUGCGAGAGAGCUUGGUCCCGUUGGAGUUUCAUCCACUCCAAAUCUCGUAACACAUUGGAGGUGGCGCGGACCGAGAAGCUCGUGCGAUGCSAUUGGAACCUUCGGCUCCUCGACAGGAAGGCUAUGUCGGACGAUGCUCCCAGUGACAGGCCACAUCCGUAUGGGAGCUGGGUGCACUACUGGCAGCAGGUGGAGGAGGAGGUGCCCAUCGACCAGCAGCUUGUGGCAGACCGAGGAGCCCGUGUGACGGUCACGAAGGAGGAGUUGACGCAGGCGAGAGAGAGGAUGCGCGUCGUGUCCCGCAUGGGAGCCACUCGUCGCUUGCGGGAGUCUGACAGGAGGAGGUGUCGUGGCGGCGGUCGCGGAGGUGGUCGUCGGGGCGGUCGCGGGCGAGGCGGGCGUGGAGGUCCUGGCGGGAGGCGUAGUGUAGCGAGUCGUGGAAGGGCAGUGGACGAGCUAAUUCCAGUUUCUGAGGACUCUUUCAGCGAUCACGGCGGCGAGGAGCGGAUCGAGCUGCAUGGCGGGAGCGGUCAUCCACGAGGUGACACUUCGAGUAUGCACGCGACAGCUCCGAUGGGGCCUUCCGCAGCAGUCCCAGAAUCGCAACAGGGUCCAGCACCGUUGAUGUGUCAUCCCGAGGUUCAGGGAGAGAUCAGUCCUCUCCCGGCAGUGCGGGACGAGGGUUCUGUCGGUGCACUGCAUCCACUCACGUCUGCCGGAGCGGCAGUCUCAGUUGCAGCGACCUCGGAUGUGGGAUUACCACUGGCAGCGGCGGAGCAAGAAAGUAUGCUCCCACCUCGCAGUGUUCAACCGCGGCCACCGCCUGCAUUGAUGGAGGGGAUUCAGGGGACCGUUGUUGUGUGUCAAGGCGACGAUCUCCCGGAACGUGAKAUCUCACACACUCCCGCAGCCGAGCAGAGCGCCGCAGACCAUGUCGGCCUCGCAUGCCCCACCGRCAGUCUUCCGGGUACCGGCGAGUUACUGACCAUGGACUCUGCGCUCGUUUCUCUACCGRACUUGUCGACGUUGAUAUCCCCAGGUCUACCCCAUGUGUCACCGCCCAAGCCACAACAGCCUGUUGUCAUCGAGCGUGGAUCGGACGGGUUUGACGUGUCAGGAGGCGAUAUCGCCGAUAUCAUUACGAGCCCAAUGGUGUCUGCCACGCCCACAAUUUUUCGUGUUGGCAAACUACGCGAGGUUGCCCUUGGUUUGGUGGAGACGGCGACGCGACACCGUCGCGACGGUCAGCGCAGCAUCGCACAACGCAGUCUUUCUCAUUCGUUUGACGGUGCAGAGGAAGGGUCUCCUGGUGGGCCAGUUGACACACUCGAAAGAGAUGCAAGACCCCCAAGUCCGCCGUCAAACUUAGAGCAUCAUCCGAUUGCCGCGGCUGUCGGCGCAGAUGCGGRCGUCCCCGUCACAAACAGUGGCGCAGACGCGACAGAACAGCUUGUGGUUGGGUCAUCGGCGACAGCACGGCGCGACAGAGCCACUGUUUUGCCGACAGUGGCAUUUUAUGCCAGCGGGAAGAGUACUGGGGGGAUGGAUGAGCAGGGAGUCCGGAAUGUUGGUAGGCCAUCUGCACCGUCUAUGGGGAAACGAUCCAUUGGGAGUGUGGAUGGUGCUCGGCACACCGCCAUGGCCGAGUUUGAGGACACAGGAGUGCUUUGCCGACGAAGACGUCUGAUGUCCAUGCUACGAGAGCCGCAAAGGCGAGUCUUUCUCGGGCAAGGAAGAAGGCCUCGACAAGGAAGGCGUCACGUUCAUCCUCACAUAUGCGUUCCCGAGAGAGAGGAUCGGGCGUUGUGCAUCUCGACGACGGAGAGAUUGCACCUGACGGCGACGAAUUGGAUGUUGGAGGGAGGGAUGCAACGACGGCGGAUAUCGUCGGCAGGGAGGGCACAGGGAAUGCAGUGGCAGGUCAGAAGAGAUGCGGCAGUGUACUUAUCGUCCACGACGACAGCACAGUUGUCGCCCCGGGAGAGACCACAGGCACUGAUGAUGCAGGGGACUCCGAUUACGUACCCAAACCACGGGCGGCAGAUGGAGAUGAUGGAGGAGGGCGACGAGUGAGACCGAGGACACGACUCGGGCCGCAAGGGCAGCGAGCACAGGGCACACCAUCGACGAUGAUUCCUGCCCCCAUA